UCCGUAACUUGCGUCUUCAAGUCCGGGAAAUGCUGUUUUCCUGAACCCCAAGCCAUCAGCAUCCGUCAGGCAUCCUGCACCCUUCCCGCACUUCGCCCCACCUCCUCUUCGCGAAACCAUCGUUGCUGCUUCAACUGUUCCCAGUCUGGGGACUGUCUCCCUCGCAUCCUGACAUCGCGGCUAUCACACCACCCCCCAACCUUUGGACAAAAUGGCUCAAGACGCCUUAUCUACCUACGCGUAUUUGCCCACUCCGCCCUUCAUCAAAUCCGAGGACUCUUCGUCGCCUCCGCACGUACCAGAUACUCCCGUCGAGCCCGAGCAGCCCCAGUCGAACCAGAACAAGGCCAACCCUUCUGCGACUUCUGUCGCAGCACAAAUACCGUUCGACGCCAAAGACCCGGAAGGGUACUUGAGGAAAUGUGCGGGAUACAACAAGCGGACUGGGAAGAGGUGUGAAAAGGUGUUCGGCAAGGGAACAAUGAACUCCCGCCACGGCAUCAACAGUACCCCAGAAUUCCUGCCAACGUGCCACUCUCACAAGGCCCAGUUGUUCUUUGCUGGUCGGUGUCAAUACUCUGACCCUGCUGGAGAGCUGUGCGGACGUCUGUUCAAAUGGAUCAAGCCUUACUUUCAGCUUUGCAACGAGCACAUGGGGCAUCCAGACACACCCUGCUACAUGAUGAAGCUUCCAUUGGAGUUGAGACGAGAUAUAUAUCGAUAUCUGAUACCCCAGGGACCGAUUGGAUCGUCAACCGUGCCACAGCACCAAAGCGCCCCUUCAUAUGCUCAUCCCAACCCCCCUCCAAAUCUGCAUCCACUCCCACCGGCUGUUAACCCACACUUCGCUCCAAUGACUAACAUGAUGCCUGCGGCUCCAUGGAUACCCGCCCUACGCCGGUCGUUCUUGCCAUUGUUGUUGAUCAAUCAUCAAAUUACUGCUGAGGUCUUAGAUCUGCUGUACGGCACAAUCCCCUUUACUAUCGAUAUCCGCAAAGACGGAACCUUCAUGUGCGGCAGGAGACUUCUCGAAGCAAAGCCUGCUGAGGGAAGCCCCUUCCCACCAACAUCAGCAGCAGCAGAUGAAAGCCUAGAGAAGUUCCUCAAAGCUUUCCGGUUUGGAGCUGUUAAAAACUAUCACGUCGACAUUUUAGUUGAAAACAGGCAGCAAACCGGUCCAGUCCUAGGAGGACGACAACGCCGUCAGCCUUGGUGGAGCGAAGAAGUAGAGCUGUACGAUUUGAGAGACUACGUUUCGGUAGCAGUGUCUGGAAUUCUUGCCAAGGCUUCAAAUCUCUCUCGGCUCAUCGUUAGAGUCGGCGUGUCAGGAUUCAACUGGUCCGAAAAAGACCUCAUACCAAAGCUUCAGACCGUUGUGGAGCCAUUCACAAGGCUCCGCAAAGUUGUGCAGCCAAUGCUACUUGGGGUCUAUGACGGCCAAACCAACAAUAAUUAUUCCUGGAUGAUGCCAUUUUCUGGUAAAGCGAACAGCACUUUGUACUCAGUCCCAAGACUCCCAACACAGAAAUUUCUCCUCGGAACUAGUAGUGCCGAGCUAUACCGAGACUUCGAAGACUACAAGAAGACAUGGGAGCGGACUAUUUCUCAAAAUACGCCUCCUCCUCCCCGUCCUCCAAUUCGUGCAAUGUUCUCGGAGUUGAAGAGUUUCUACACCAAGCUCCACCAAUUAAUUCCAGACAUCUAUCGCUCUGGGCAAGAUAGUUUCCUUCACCGUGCGAGAGUUGCACGAGAGAAGGAAGACGUGCUAGCAUUCCGGGAAGUUCGUAACGAGCUCAUCGGUUACUGGAAUCAGUAUCUGGAGGAAGAGGAGCAGAAGAAAGAAGACAUGAACCAGAAAAUGUGUCAAAUGCUGGACGUGGAUUCAUAUCCCUCAGAGGAGAAUGAGGACGAGCCGACUGCGUCCCCUCACGAGCGUGGAUCACCCGAUUACCUAGACCUAUUGAGAGCCGCAGAGGAUGAUCUGAGUCUGUCAGCUCAGCUCUUCAACGUCAAACAGCUACGACGUCAACUUUCAAUCCAGCGGCAGAUGAUGUUCAGAAUGCAGUCGCAGGCGCAAGCUCAGGCCCCAAUGCAAGCUCGGCAAGUCCAGCAACAGUCCUCCAUAACCCUUGUAGCUUCCGGGAGCCAUUUAAUGCCUCAAAUUAACACUGCUCCUAGUAGUGUAGCGACAGCUGGAUCGAGCUCUAGUUCUACAGCUAGCUCCUCGUCAAACACGGUGCAAUCGACCUCUUCAUCCAGGCCCGCUGUCACAACGUGCAAACAAGUGCCCGGGCAACUCGACAUGUUCUCUCCCUUAGGAAACCCAGAUACAACCCUGUUUGAUCCGUCGCCGCCCAUGCUCGAUUUCUACCACGAGGAACCCGGUCUUGCUACCUACUCAAGACCACUACCACAUUCUCUGUCCAGCUAUCAAUCUUUGCUUGCGAGAGCUCAAAUACAAACACAGGUCACACCGCAACGGCAAUAUGCGCAGGCACAGGCCCAAGCACAAGCGCAAGCACAGCAAAUAUCACAGCAAAUAGCACAAGCCCAGGUACACCAAAUAGCGCAAUUGCUAGCACAACAAGCGGCGCUGCAGGCGCAUCGAGGACCGGUACAAUCCCAAGCCGACCCGAUAGCUGCAGCUCCCGUCGGCGUGUCGCCUUACGAUUAUGCCAUGGAACCGACCUCCCAGGCGUCCAAGCGCACGUUUGACGCCACGAAUUUGAAUUCCGAAGAGGAGGCCAGUGAUGCCUAUGCUACGGGGAAGCGGCGCCAGGGCAUGGCGAUGGCCAGCAGCGGCGCGGGCGGGGCCGUUGUCAUUGGCGAUACGAAGGGGAAGGGCAAGGCGGUGUUUAUUGAGUUUAACGACUAAUCGGAGGACUGGGUAGGGCUUAUAUGCUCUUGGCGUUACGGCUAGGCUCGGUUUUGCUUUCUCAUACGUUAGGUCUGGGAGGUGGUACGAUUUCAGGGAUAUGCGAUGAUUGGACUAUCACGUGCAGAAUCACGUGCAUGCUACGUUGGCGUUGUAGACUGCAUCUCUCGAUCGCAGUAAUUCCCUUCCCUUGCACACGAAAAUUGGCACAGCAUCUGGUGGGUGGGGCUCUUGCUGCUGGUUUUCUUUUUUCUCCUUAUGUGUUUCUACUCUUUCUAUCAUAAUUAUCA